AAGUGACGCAAUACUGGUGCGACUGGGCCGGUGCCCGCCGACGGCUACUCUGUGGCGGUGCGAGAUGGCGGUUCCUGGAGCCCCCGUUACUGUCACCGUCACGUACAGUAAUGAAAAGCACAAUAUUCAGGUUGCUUCUCAACAGGAAGACAGUGAGCCUACGCUGCAAGACAUGGCUGUGCUUAUAGAACAAGUCACUGGUGUUCCAGUUUCUUUUCAGAAACUUAUAUACAAAGGGAAAUCUCUGAAAGAAUUGGAACAGCCAUUGUCAGCACUUGGUGUUAAAAAUGGUUGCAAAGUCAUGUUGAUUGGGAAAAGGAAUAGUCCAGAAGAAGAAGCUGAAUUAAAGAAGUUAAAAGAUCUGGAGAAAUCAGUGGAGCAAAUAGCUAAUAAGUUAGAGGAAAUUAAUAAAGAGUUCACAAGUAUCCAGAAGGGAUUUUUAGCAAAGGAUCUGCAAACAGAAGCUCUAAAACAGCUGGACAAGAGGAUAAAAGGAACUGCAGAGCAGUUCAUGAAGAUCCUGGAACAGGUUGAUGCCAUUAAUCUGCCAGAGAACUUCAAUGACUGCAGACUGAAAAAGAAGGGAUUGGUGAAAAGGGUACAGGCUUUUCUUGCCCAGUGUGAUACUAUUGAAGGAAAUAUUGGACAAGAAAUGGACAAGCUACAGUCAAAGAAUUUGGCACUGGCAGAAUGAGGCAGUACCCUUCAUAAUUAGGAAACAUAAUUGCUCUAUGAGCAAGAAAAAAGUUUGCUCUUUGUUUUGGAGCACAUAUUCAGCUUUUUUGUUUUUUAAAGCCCAGUCUUUUAGACUGGUAGUAGUCAAUUAUUUCUUGCUGGUUGUCUUGUUUGACACUUGGUUAGGCCUACUGUUUUGAAAAGAAAAUCCUUCCUGAAGAAUUGCAGAAAUAAUCUUUGUGGUGAAUUAUGUAUCUUAUGGACAAUUGUUUAGUUAACUAUGUAACAGAGUUUGCAAUGAUGGGCAAUAUUUUCUGAUAUGUUUUUGAAUUUAUUUACAACUUAAAUGAAAGAAGGUCUAUAACCAUACAAGUGCCAUAUGUUGCAAUUUUAGGACUUCAACUUGAUUGAAAAAACACUGAGACAAUAUCUGGGGAAGUUCAACAUUGUAGUAGACGGUUCAGAGCAAUAACAAAAACCCUACACAUUUAUAUUACUUAAUGUUUGUAUGCAUUUAUAAAUAUAAGGAAGCUUGACUAUAAGGGAGUCGUACCUAUUUUAGCCUUAAAUUGUCAUAAUAAAUGGAAUGUACUGUAACAUGUAUGGUACUGAAUUCUGAAUGGUGCUUUAAGUUGUUAAUGAGCUUGAUACAAGUGUACAUGUUUAUUUACAUGUAA